CAAAAAACUGGAUAGGUUUUUGUUCGGUUGUUUAUUUUAAUGUAAUGUCAUGAAUCAGAUUGUAAGCCUGGCAAGAAAAGAAAGUUCGGUAGUUUGUGUUUCUUUUAUAUAAUACUCAGAUACACAUGACUGACAUCAACCUAUUGAAACGAAGAAGCAAUAAAAGUCUCCAGUAAGCUAGCAAGUGCACAUGUGUGAUGGGUUUCUUCUCGCAAACACGGCGACGAUGAGCAGCUGCGCGACAGAUCCGCGCAUGCGCAGCGCGCUCUCACUGCAGGCAGCGCGUCGCGCCGCGUUCAGAUGAUCGCACCGCGCGGAACGACGCUCGCGAUGGAGGCCGAGCGCGAGCGGCAGGAGCUGGUGUCGUUCCUGUUCUACCAGGCGGUGCGGGACCUGAAGCCCGUCUGGAUGCUGGAGGAGAUGCGCACCAUGGAGCGCUGCCGCUGGGAGGAGGACGCCCCGCGCCGCGUCUACAGCCCCUCCGACGCGCUGCUCUACGCGAUCGUGCACGACCACCGCGAGUACGCGCGGCACCUGCUCAGCUGCUUCGCGGACGAGGCGCUGGCCACACCGGGGGCGCGCUUCUGCUGCCGCGCGUCCUCCGCGCCGCACCUCGCCAUGGCCGUGCGCUACGACCGACGGGACAUCCUGGCGCUCAUCCUGCAGGCGACGCGCCGCGAGCAGCGCCCGCGCCUGGACACGCCGCUGCGGCUGGCCUGCGAGCUGCUGCGCGCCGACGCCCUGCUGCUGCUGCUCGGAAGCGGCGCGUCGCCGCGGGCCGCGGACCCCAGCGGCACGACGCCCCUCGACCUCGUGCUGCGGCAGUUGCGAGACUCCGGCGCGAGCGUGGCGGCGCGGAGCUGCCUCGAGAAGCUGCUGCUGUUCCUGCCGCAGCCGCGUUUCGCGAUGAAAAGCUCGCUGCUGGAGGAGCCGCGGCGCUGGGCCGCGCUGCUGGGCGAGGACACGCUCCGCUACCUGACGGGACGCGCGCCCGCGCCGCUCCUGCUCUGCGCGAUGCGAGCGAUCCUGGCGCGGCUGCCGCCGGAGCGCUUCCCCGGGAGCCUGGACACUCUGCCCAUCCCCGCCGCGCUCAAACCCCGCUAGAGCCGGAGAGGACCGCGUCCAGCGCGCACACGCCUCGCGAGCUCCCGCUGACCGAACGGGUUUAAAGACGGUCUACACGGCGUUUCCGGUGCAAAGACUCUGCGGCUGUGUGAGGAGGAGUGUGCUUUAAGUGAAAGAGCAUAGAAAGUACAUCCACACCAACACAGAGCUUGUGAUGGGUUCACUGGGUUUAACGGAACAUGCAGAAGCACUUGAAAUGUUUUAAUGGUAAAACCAUUAGAAGUCCUGUGAUGGUGUGUUUAUUGUUUUUAGCAGGGCCUGUGUGUGUGUGUGUGUGUGUGUGUGUGUGUGUGUGUGUGUGUUUGGCAUUUAGCAUGCACUGGAUGAAGAUUAGCAUUAUGGUCAAGCAAUAUUGUCUUCCUGUCUGUUGACUUCUUGUCCUCCUUGUCUUGUACAGAACGCGUGAUAUUCAUCUCAGUCCUCUUGAUUUUAAACUUUUAUACCUGAGAUAUGCAAACGGUGUGUGUGUGUGUGUGUGUGUGUGUGUGUGUGUGUGUGUGUGUGUGUGUGUGUGUGUGUGUGUGUGUGUGUGUGAAAGAGCAGCGGAGUGGACUCGAGCACUUCUGAUCAGGUCUGGUCUGGUCUGGAUCUUCUGUGUGGAGCUCUUACUCUCAUCCUCAGGUGUGUGGAGCAGUGGCGGAUUUUUAUGAUUAAAAUGUUUUUUUCAAACCUCUAAAUGAUACAAAAAAACAGUAAUUUCUGAGAAAGCUGCAGUCAAAUGCUUGUAUAUUUAUUUAAUGUAUUUGCUGUUUCAUAUUUGCUUGAGACAAUAUUAAGGGACAGUGCACCUUUCUACAGGAAUAUCUUCAGAUCAACAGAAAGAAAUGACAUUUGUUUCUUAUGACGAUAUUAAUAUUGUUUUGGCAUCAUUUUAAGUGGUUGGGAAGUAAACCCUGCUGCGGACUACUUGGAUUAAAAACAUCAUUAAAUCA